UCUCGCACAUCCACCGUCACACUCCACCAGUUUUCAUUUCCUCUCUCUGAAAAAUCUUGGGAAAAAAAUCAAUCAAAUUCUGUAAUCGAAAGAUCCACCAUUACAAAGUUACCAAUUUCUCAACACCCUUAUCGAUCUUGUGCCCUAAUUUCAUAUCUCCAUUGAUUGGGUAUACAGAUUUGGGGGGAUUUUCGUAUUUUUCAUCCACGAAGUAUCUCUUGUUGUUGUUGUGGAACUUAGAAUCAAAGAAUCCUCUCUCUACCAGCACCCAACAGCAACGAAAGCAACUCACCAUUUCACUUUUCAAACCCUUCAUUUAUUUCCUUAGCUUAACCCUAAUUUGUAUUUCUCUAGAUUAUCCAAUAAUGUGAUUCAGUUAGGAUCUGAUAUCAAUGGUGGGUACCGUUCAAUUUGGUGCCUUAGCUGCUUGUAUAGUUCUGUUUGUUCCAAUGGGCUUAGCUGGAUAUCAUCUCAGUCGCAAUAAAAUUCUGUUUUUCAGUGGAGCUCUGUUCAUCAGUCUUGCAGUAGGUGUUCAUCUUACUCCUUAUUUUCCUAUAGUUACUAAUUAUGUUUCAUCUUUUUCAUCAUCUCUUGUAUUAGAGAAUCAUACUUCAUGUAUUUCGUUUCUUCAUGAAAUUGUUUGGGAUCAUCAUGUACAACAACCAAUUAUGAACAAGGUUGAUGAAAAACCAAGUAAUGUUUCUUCUGGUUUUGUAAAUUCAUGGACUUGGGCGAAGUCUACACCUGUAAUUGCUUGUGGGUUUCAAAAAUUAGGUCGUUCUGAUGCUUCUGAUCUGCUUAACGGGUCUUGGGUGGUUGUUGCCGGGGAUUCACAGGCUCGUUUGUUUGUUCUUUCUUUGUUGGAGUUGGUUUUGGAACCAAGUGAAAUGGAAUUAGCAAGAGGGGAUUUAUUCAAACGUCACAGUGAUUAUCAGACUGUAAUUGAGAAGAUUGGGGUAAAAUUGGAUUUUGUUUGGGCUCCUUAUACUGCAAAUCUAACUAAUUUACUCAUGGAAUAUAAGCGGAAUCGUCGCUAUCCUGAUGUUUUGGUUAUGGGGACAGGGCUGUGGGAUAUGUUGCAUAUCAAUAAUGCAUCUGAGUAUGGAGUUUCUUUAGGGUUGGCGAGGCAAUUGGUUAUGAUGCUAUUACCUUUUUCUUCAGAAUUUGGGAAUGAUGGGCCUGUAACAGGUUCAAUUUCUAUACAGUCACCUCAUAUGUUUUGGCUUGGGAUGCCAACAUUGGUAGAAUCUAUGUUGAAUACGGAGGAGAAAAGGGAAAAGAUGAACUUUUCUGUGAGAAAUGCUUAUGAGAGGGAGCUUUUCAAGAGUAAGCUCUUACGUCAAAAUGGGGGACCAUUACUGUUAUUGGAUAUCAAUUCAUUGAGUGGGAACUGUGGGGGAAGGUGUACAGUGGAUGGGAUGCAUUACGAUGGAGCUGUUUAUGAAGCUGCAAUUCAUGUGAUGCUCAAUGCAUUGCUUGUUGAGUCUCAACAACGACUUUGAGCGAGAAGUUUCUGCCCUUUUUGUCAAUACACUGUACCUUCAGCUUUUUGUUCAAUACUAGCUUUGGAGGGAAAUAAACAAAGUUCAGCAAUUUAGAAACGUUUUGGUCUCCAAUAGAGGUGCAAUCUUUUCUUUUCUUUUUAUCUUUUUAUCUUCUUCUGUAUAACUCUAGUAAGCACUGAUAGUUUCAUGCUUGUGUAAUCUUCGGAAGGGUGGCCUUCACCCUAAAAAGAAAAGGACGAGGCACUAAUCUUGACUUGUUUUGUUAUGUAAGAAAGUUACAACACUUAUAUUCCUUAAUCAAAGAUAAAUUCAAAAUUCAGCAUUCAAUUUUUAGUCAUCACUUGAAAGCAUAUUGUUGAAUGUGUUAUCUGUAUCAACUUCUAUAUGGUUUGUUAAUGAAGGAUGAUUUGAUAGAAUUAACAGUGGUAGUGUUAUUUGAAUUGUUGAACAGUACCCAUGCUUUGGACGGUUUACAUUUAUUUAUGAUACAAUUUGGCAAUUAUUUAGUUAAAUUCAUCUGGUUAGUAUAUCAUGGUCGAAGUUCUAAACUGCCUCUAGCUUUGAAUGACAGGUAUUUAGUUAACCCUUAAAAUUUUAUUGCUGUGAAUGACAUCUUUGAUAGACUAACUAGGUCCUAACGGGAAACUUGAGUUGGGAAUUUUUCACGUCAUGGAACGAAAGGGCAAUCAACAAUGUAGUGGAACCAAAUGGCUAAGUUGGUAGUAGUGAGCAACUUCCAAAUGGUGGUUCAAAUGCAAAGAGAUGGAAUAAGAAAAGAAGUGCGGAAGAAGGAAAAAGAUAACGAAAAGAGACUGGAAGAAACUUAUGUGGAAGAUAAGCAGAGGGUAAAUACAAAGGCGGAUAUUCUGCAAUCAGCAUCUAUCUCUAAUGAACCAAGAGAAGUUGAUGGACAUGUGGACAGGUCUGAUGCUUCUGAUUUUGUUGGAAAGAACAGAACAUCAGUUAGUGGUGACUAGAAUUUGUGAAUUCCAUUGGACAGCGUAAGGCAUGGUUUCACUCAGCAAAUAUGAGAGAAAGUUCAGGAAGGUCUUCAGAUACCAUGCUUGGUAGAAAUUUGGGAGAUUAGUUUUAUCCCUUUGGUAGUCAAUGGAUGGCCAGAGAGGAAGAAGCCAUUGCUUACUUGUAUGACAACCAUGUUACAGGAUCCCACAAUCAUGUUCAUCUCAAGAUUUUGCAAGCAUGCCCAAUUGUUUGCAGGUGGCUCAUGCAUUCGGGGAAUCUUAUUAUGCUUGUAUCUCUGGUGCUUCGGUUUGUUUUUGCGAUUGGGUACAACAUUCUUUUUUGCCAUCAUUUGAUGUAGCAUUUUCUCUGUACUUGUAAUGAUAGGAAUAUGGAAGUUUCUUAUGAUCACGGUAAGCUAUGCUCCUGUUGCCCUGGCACAGAGUCUUUUUUCUUGGUUAGUUGUUUAUUUGGAACUUGUAAAACAGAUGAAUGAAUCUUGAUUUUAAAGCAAGGUUCCUUUCAUAGGUUAUCUCUUAUGUAACAUAAUGCUUCUUUCCCUUGAUCAUUGUCAAUUAUUACGUUGGAUCUACUCUAAGCCAACUGUUGUUUCUAUGCAAAUUCAUGAUGUACAGGGGCUUGCGUUUGUAUUAGCACUUUUUGUGGGCUUCAUUGAAACCUGAAACUUUGGGAAUUGCCAUUUCUGCAACUGUUUCUCUAUGGAUAUGUGGGAGCUUUCUGGACAACAGGACUUGUCAUAGUUGUUGGAGGAGUGGGGUUUUUUAAAAAGUGAAUGUGAAUGCUUUGCUCUCUGACAAACAGCUAUAAAUUUCUUCUACUGUGCUUGGGUACAUGUAGCGGAUAGAAAUGCAGGAGAACCUUCAAGUACUGGGUCUGGGUCUGAGAUUGAGCUGACGUAUGAAGAAGAAGUUGGUAGGCUGUUAAAUUUUUCCGAUCUCUAUUCAGCCCUGGUAUUGGCUCGUUAUGAGAACAUUGAUAUGUCGUCACUCAAGUGUGAGUACAGCAAAAAGGCAAUGCUGGUCCACCCUGAUAAAAAUAUGAGGGAUGAGAAGGCUGUGGAGGCCUUCGAGAAACUUCAGAAUGCAUAUGAGGUGUUACUUGACUCUUUGAAGCGUCUCAAAGUUCGUCUGAGAUGAAGGAACAAAUAAAUCGGAGAGAAAGUUAACAUGUCAAGGCCAAAAUAAUUGUCAGUUGCCUUGAUCCCAUUUUGAAGGAGGAGUUGACAUUGAAUGUUACUCAGUCAGCUGGUGUGCUCAAUCUAGAGGUCUUUGACAAAGGUGAUCGGUUCAAAUCAGAUGGCAAAACAGGAAAUGCACACUUAAAUCUUCAAAAAGAUAGCGUCAGCAGAAAGGUAGCAACAAGUAAUAAAGGCGUGAUCAGGCUGUCUGCGUGAGACUUUAUGUUGCAGAAUCUUCGGAACUUGAGCUUAAGCUUAAGUGGGUUGAAGAUCAACUUCCAACUACUCCUGUCGCCUCUUAAUGAAAAGAAUCACACUGGGGAUGAUAAUAGUUCCUAAACAGUAGUUAAUUGUGUACUUAAAUCAUACUGAUUACUCCAGCUUAGUUCGAUUUUAACAGGAGAGUUUGCGAUUUUGUGAAUGGGUUUCUGCAUUGAUAACUACUAUUUCUAUGUAUGUGCUCAUUCACUCUGUAAAGUGCGGUUGGACAUGACCUUUAGGGGUUUUAGACUCAUGCUUUCGGAGGCUCUAUUUUUCUUUCGUCUUGAUGGGGUCGACGGGUCUGAUUGAAGAACCUAUGGAUGGCAACAACUCAAAGAUAGUGCCUUCUACAAGAAUUGUAAGAAAAAAACACGCUUAAUUUCUAGCUUCGACAUGUAGUCUUGUUGUACCUAUGAUACGGGCAGAUCGAACUCUGAAGUAGUCUUGUAAUUUACGAAUCAUUUUGUUAACCUUACAUGUUGGGUUUUCAUCUAA